AACAGCAAGAAAGCAAACCAACGCGUGAGAGCUCCACGCGACAGUUAGCAAGCGUCCGGUUCCCUCUCUGGCCUCUGUCCCCUUCCAUUGGAAUGCGACGAGAUCCCUUGCCUCCCUCGGAGCUAAAAUUUCCACUGCGAUCCCGAUCCCCUUUCUUCCCCAUGGCUUCUUGGCUCGAGAUCGUCGAAGGUACGCUCGUUGAUCCCAUCUCCUUUUUCCAAUCAUGAUGGGUUCCAUGAUUCGUCUUCUUGGCGUCAUCCUCUGUUUCUCGAAUCGGUUUGAUGGAUUUCUCCCCUAUUUCUUAUAAUUUUGGGUGCAAGAAACUGGGGUUUAAUUUUUCGUUGGAUAAGUUCUUAAAAGUCGUCAUAAAUAAGGUUAGAGAUGAUUAGAUUACGGUUUCGAAUUAGAUAUGAUUCUGCUUUGCCUCUAUUUUUGUAAUAUGAUCUCCCAACUCUAAGCCUUGAUUUCAUGACCGAGCAUUUUGUAAGCAAAAGUUGUAAGCGGAGACAAUUCUCUUUCUUUUUCGUUGAUUUUAUGAAGGAACAAUUACAAAAAUGAUAAGAAAGAAUAUCUUUUUCGUUGCACUCGUAUACAUAGGGUCAUCUGAAAUAUCUCUGAGAUGGAAGCAUCAAACUUUUUAGGUAUCACCAGCAUAAAAAAAAUUGAGGUAUGAGUAUGAACGUGAAUAGUCAAUAAAAAUCUCUGUUUUUUUCUAUGUUAAAGAUAAGCUUUUAUACUUAGUCGUAAGGAGUACGAAGAAAGCUCGUGAUUAUCUUUCUCGUUAUGAAUGAUGAGAAAGUAGUUUAUAAUUAUUUUUCUCAUCAUAAAUGGAAGAAUAAAGCUUACGAUUGUCUUUCCCGUCAUAAAUGAUAAGAAAAAGCUUCAUCUUAUCCUUCCUCAUUAGACACCACAUGACAAUGAUGUUGGAAAAUCUAGGAGCGAUAUCACAUGCGCCGCAGCGGAUGAACAUUAAAAAUAAAAUCCUCAAUUUCUCAAAGAUGUGUUUGUCGUCGUGUGAAAAUUGGUGCAUAAAACUUACAAAACUUAAAAUUACGUAUAUGAAAGUUUGUGUUACCUAAGGAGAUCGUAGAUCCCUGAAUCCUUGCAUAUAUCUAGGAGAUGAUGGAGGAAGUCAAGCGCCCUCCUCUCUAGUGGUGAUCCACACAGCAGGACUACGACGAUGCUCCUCAAAACUCCAAGCCUGCUAUCUGAGGAGGACGUCAUAAAUGAUAAGAAAAAGCUUCAUCUUAUCCUUCCUCAUUAGACACCACAUGACAAUGAUGUUGGAAAAUCUAGGAGCGAUAUCACAUGCGCCGCAGCGGAUGAACAUUAAAAAUAAAAUCCUCAAUUUCUCAAAGAUGUGUUUGUCGUCGUGUGAAAAUUGGUGCAUAAAACUUACAAAACUUAAAAUUACGUAUAUGAAAGUUUGUGUUACCUAAGGAGAUCGUAGAUCCCUGAAUCCUUGCAUAUAUCUAGGAGAUGAUGGAGGAAGUCAAGCGCCCUCCUCUCUAGUGGUGAUCCACACAGCAGGGCUACGACGAUGCUCCUCAAAACUCCAAGCCUGCUAUCUGAGGAGGAGAAGGGGAGGAUGCUAUCUGAGGAGGAGAAGGGGAGGAGAAUAGGAGAGGCAACCUAAAAAGGCUUUAGCCUAUGAACCAUUGGUUCUCUCCUAUUUAUAAAGGCCCCCUAUCAAUAUAACCCUAAUGGACCCAACCAUAUUGAGUAUUGGAUCUUCAUCCAACCACCCUGGAUCCAACCAUAUUGAGUAUUGGAUCUUCAUCCAACUACCCAAGCCUCUUAGAUUAGUAGAUCUUUAUCUAAUAAUCUCUCUUUGGCUCUUAUUGGAUCUCAUACAUAGGAUUCAAUAAUUCAAGGCUUAUUGGAUAUCCAAUAAGAUAAGGGCUCUAGCGGAUAUCUCAUAUCUGAACCGCUACUCAUCGCAACACCUACCAUAUGCGUGUGACCCUCUAGGCCUAAUAUCGAGCUUGUCGUAAGUCAUAUCUGUCAGAACUCCUUCUAACUCAAUGAAUUAUUAUCUUCAUAAUAAUUCACUCGACUCAUAGAUUACGGACGUACUAGACUACUACGUCGCAGUCCCCAAACAAUACAGGGAAAUUCAAUCCAUUGGACAUGUUUGUCCUCGGUUACCAUGUACUUAUAGCCCCUCAUCUAUAUAAUAUUCCAAAGACCGUAUAUCGGGUAUGGUGUUGUCAGACUCAUACGGUUUCUGCUUGAGUCUCGCUCUAAUCGGAUUCUCUCGGAGAACACUUUCUCUCUUAACCCGAAUGACCCUAGCCAGGGAUUUGUCUGAGCAAGAAUAUAUGGGAUAUUCCUCUCAAGACAACGAGAGUGAAUGAUCCUCUAUCGAAACUCAAUAGUCCUCGUAAGGUUGGCUACCACUCUCGAUGACCGGUUGUGCAAGAUCUAGAACCUCUAGACAAGUCUGGUAUCAAAAAGUGGAGUACUCAUACAGGACAUCCUUGGUGUCUUAAGUCUAAGGACCAGAUACAUUACUGGAAUUACGAAAUCGUUGUUUGCCAAUAAGACAUCAUCAACCAUCCAGCAUUUCGUAAACGGAUCAAUUAGUGAACUCAUUCUCGCUAAAUCCAUCAUAUGGAUGGGUAUAUAGCAUACCAAUCUAUCCGGUUAUCUCGAUAUCCCUCUCGAGUAACCUGUGUCCAUGGAUUUUUACUUAUUAUCAUUGCACAAAUCCAUGAAUAUCACAAUAUAUUCAAGCAACAUGCAAUAUAAAGUGAUAAAAUAUCAAAUAAUAAUAAGUAAAAAAACUGCGUCAAUUCACACAUGCUAUCACUCACGUGAUUGAUUUGCAGGGCACAUAUGACUAGCAAAUGAUGUAUCAAAUGAUUAAUCGAUUUCUUGCAAAUUGGGUCUUCCCGACGUACAUUGAACCUUGUGCUUUCAUUAUGAUAGAUUUUUUUUUUUCACGCAGGUUGGAUUUUCCCAACCUACGUGAAGAAUGGCCAUUUUGACCUUAAAAGGAAGGCUCGAUAUCGUAGAAGAGUCUGAUUACCAACCCUCUUGAUGAAUGCUCAAGUGAAAAGGCAUUGCCCCAACUUAUAGUACUGUCACUCGAGGGGCAUAGCCACCCUUUUCACACGUGGAUGCAUAUCUCAGUAUAAAUAUUGAUGCGAUACUAGCUUCCACUCAAUGACUCGAGGGCGACCUCGAGUCACCUGCUCAUCCCUAUUGAAGCAUUCCUAAACCUCUUCGAAUAGGUGCAAAUGUUAAUGGGUAUGAUGCAAGCUAUUGCUCUGCUCUUGUCUUAACUAACCCAACAAGUGAUGCCACCACCUCAACCAUAAUCAGCAACUCAACCAACACUAGCACCUGAGGCUUAUCGAGCCAUUAGUUAAAUAGUAGCCACUUUUGCCCUUACAUAGUAACAAACAAAUCGUAAAAAAGUUUACGGGUUGGAAUAAUGUCAGCAUGCCAAUAUUUCCUAAUGAAUAAUAUUAGGUAGCGCCAUGAGUUGGAUGUCAUUUGAGAAGUGACAUCUUCUACCAUUAUAGGUAAGACACUAUCACUAGAUAGAAAAAAAGAUGAAAUCCCACCUCAGGGUCGUCACAAGAUAAGCAAAGAGACCCCAACGCAUGAUUGAAUGGAUGUUGAUUAGGUCGGAGCACUUGUAAGUCGAACUCGAUCGAGAUGAAACACUUAACUCGUAGUAAUCCAGAAGUGAUGCAUUCACCACUGAAUUAUAGUUAUGCUAGGUUUUCAUUAACUCUAAGUCCCCAAGAACUUUUGGGUUUACGGGGACUGCCUCCCUCAACGAAAGGGAGGUCAUGAUUUCCUUUGACCCUGGACUGCCCAAAGAUAAAGCAUGGAUCUUAACCAUUUCGUAGCCAAUAGAUUGAGAAUAACUUGUACAAGAAAGAAAAGACAUCUCGAUUGAAGGAGACAUAGGAGCAAAAUGGUAGAAGACUUAUCUAUUUCUGAAUUAACAUCAACACUAUAAGAGACUCCAGAACUAACUUACCCUAUAGGGAACCAGAACUAAGCAAAGAAAAUUUUGAUGGAGGCUCUGGAGACUCAAAUGGAAGAAUGAACCUCACCCAUAAGGUGAAGAGAGAUUUAUAUGGAGGAAGCCGGUCUCUCUCCUUUCAUGAUUGAGACAAGUGUCUCUUUGAGACACUUCUACGUUAAGGAUUCAAGAAGCAUCAGAUAAAAGAGAUAAAAGAUUCAAAAGGUGCUAGAUAAAGGAUUCAAAAUAUAUUGUACGAAGGAUUUAAAAUAUGCUAGAUGAAGGACUUGAAAAUUACAUAAAUCUAUCAUAAUAAAGGCACAAGAUAAAAUAUACCGAAGACACAUGAGUCAGGAAAACCCGACCCGCAUAAAGAGAAUUUCGCUAUGGUAGAGGCAUAAAAUAAAAUAUGCUCGAAGCACAUAAGUUAGGAAAACUCAACACGUGUAAAGAUAAAUCUGUCAUGGUAGAGGUAUAAGAUAAAAUGUGAUCGAGACAUGUGAAUCGAGAAAACUUGACCUGCGUAAAGAGAAAUCUAUCACGAUAGAGACACAAGAUAAAAUAUGCUUGAGACACAUGAGUCGAAAAAACCCAACCUGCAUAAAAUAAAAUCUAUCACAAUAGAGGCACAAGAUAAAGUAUGUUUAAGACAUAUGAGUCGAGAAAACCUAACUCACAUAAAGAGAAAUUCGUCACGACGAAGGCACAAAAUAAAAUGUACUCGAAGCGCGUAAGUUGGGAAAAGCCGACCUACAUAAAGAGAAAUUCAUCAUGACAGAGGCACAAGAUAAAAUGUGUCUGAGACGCAUAAGUUGGGAAAAUCAGACUUGCAUAAUAAGAAAUUUGCCAUGAUAAAACACAUAUGUCAAGAAGACCCAACCUACAAGAAAAAAAAAUCCCAAACGCUUACGUGUUGGAUGAACUAAACAUCACACUUCGAGCCCCUCUCUAUAAAUGAUAGAGGAUAUGUUAUCGAUUAAUCAUUUGACACAUCAUCGUCAUGUGACACUCAUCAACGAAGGAUAAGAGGAAACUUCAUUUUAUCAUUUAUGAUCUAAAAAAUAAGUUUUUUUCUUAUCAUUUAUAAUAAAAAAAGAUAAUUAUAAGCUUCCUUCUCGGUAUUUAUAAUAAGAAAGAUAAUCACAAGCUUCCUUCGUAUUCUUUACUACCAAGAUAUCGAACAAUAUUCUUUUUUUACACGAUAUGUUUGUCUAAGAUAAAAAAGAAAUAUCGAAAGUACUCAAUAUAUUUAAUAUAUUUUUCUUACCUAUCAUACAUCUGGUAAGAUAACUUAUUCAUCCAAAAUAAAAAAAAAUAAAUGAUUGAUAUCAUCUAAAGUAUCUUCUUAAAUACUAUGCAUAUAUCGAAAACAAAAAAAAAUCCCAAAAUAGCCGACAUAUCGCGAGCUUCCUUUUUAUAUGCAAUGUAUUUCUUAGGAUAAAAAAAUAUUCUAAAAAUGAGAAGAACAAAAUCGUUGUUUUCAAACUUAAGACAUGUUAAUAUUAAAGUGCCAAGAAACAACAAAAACUGUUAGGCCAAUGCCACAUCAGGAGUCAUCGCAACCGAAGAUAUUCAUCGCAUUACAUAAAGAAUAUUUCCUUGAUUGCAAACUAUCACCAGUCUUCAUCUAUAAAUAGCAGGUUCGUAUACCCCAAUGGACCCCAGUGAACCCUGUUACUCCCCAGCCCAAACUAUUCCCAAUCUCCAACUUCGGUACCGCUGAACCAUACACUACGCGUAUUUUUGUACAUUUCCAAUCGCACCCCGCACAACGUUACUUAAUUUCGUCCGCUUCCCUUUGUCGUCGUCUCUCUCCUCUUCGUCUCUCUCUCUCUCUCUCUCUCCAUCUCUCGCCAGUAUCUCAACUCAAGGCUUCCGAAAGCUCUCCAUCAAACCCUCUCUCCUCAUCGAAACCCUAAGUCAAAAAUCUCUCAGUGAUGAAACGAUCCCCGUCUAUUGUCUCCAAUAUUUGAUUCAAAUUGAUUGCGGCGAUCGAUUAGCGUCAUCCUGAUCGUAAUUUCGAGGCUUCCCGGCGUCGAAUCUGCCCGCUAGGUUUUCGAAACGUGUAGCGAUCACGUGGCUUUUGAGGCAUGGGGCUGGGCAGAUGAAGGAUGCCUGAGCUCCGUAGCAGAGUGCGCAGGGGCCGGGCGCAGGCGACCCCAGCAGUCCAGGCUGAGCGACCGAAUGAGAGGAGGCGGCGGGCGGCGAGGAACCAGCAGCCGGUGGAUGAGAACCCGCCAGUGGCGAGGUUUGCCGAGCCGCAGGAGGAGAUCAGGCUUGCGGAGGGUGGCGGCGAGGUCGGGGAGGUGAAUGUUGAAGGGAUCGGCGAGAGAAGGAUGGAUGAAUAUGAUAGUGGGGCGAGGAGCGCCGACAAACUUCUCCCCCGUGGCGAGGACGAGGGGAGCGCCGCUCCCCUUCCGGUCCAGGUUGGCAGUUCACCAGUAUACAAAAUUGAAAGAAAACUAGGGAAAGGAGGAUUUGGGCAAGUUUAUGUAGGUCGCCGUGUUUCAGCUACUAAUGCAAAUGAUAGAAUUACUGGUUCUGGUGCUGUAGAGGUAGCAUUAAAAUUUGAGCAUAGGAGCAGUAAAGGCUGCAACUAUGGGCCCCCUUAUGAAUGGCAAGUGUACAACACACUUGGUGGUAUUCAUGGGGUACCACGAGUUCACUAUAAGGGUCGCCAAGGGGAUUAUUAUAUCAUGGUUAUGGAUAUGCUGGGGCCUAGUCUAUGGGAUGUAUGGAAUAGCAAUUCACAUUCAAUGUCAGUUGAAAUGGUUGCAUGUAUUGGCACUGAAGCGAUUUCUAUACUGGAGAAGAUGCAUUCUAAAGGAUAUGUACAUGGGGAUGUAAAGCCUGAGAAUUUCUUACUUGGGCCACCUGGGACUCUUGAGGAGAAGAAACUGUUUCUUGUUGAUCUUGGUUUAGCCACCAAGUGGAAGGAUAGUGCGACAGGGCUGCAUGUGGAAUAUGAUCAGAGGCCAGACGUUUUCAGAGGGACAGUUCGCUAUGCCAGUGCUCAUGCUCACCUAGGAAGGACAGCAAGCAGGAGAGAUGAUUUAGAAUCCCUGGCAUAUACAUUAAUCUUUCUUCUCCGAGGUCGUCUACCUUGGCAAGGAUACCAGGGAGAGAACAAGGGCUUCCUUGUGUGCAAGAAGAAGAUGGCUACAUCUCCAGAGACUCUGUGUUGCUUCUCUCCCCAGCCAUUCAAACAGUUUGUUGAGUAUGUGGUCAACUUGAAGUUUGAUGAAAAACCUGACUACGCAAAAUGCAUUUCCCUUUUUGACGACAUAGUAGGACCUAAUCCAGAUAUCAGACCCAUUAACACUGAUGGAGCUCAAAAGCUUAUAUACCAGGUAGGUCAAAAGAGAGGUCGUCUGAUGAUGGAAGAAGAGGGUGAUGAACAACCAAAGAAGAAGAUCAGAAUGGGAAUGCCUGCAACACAGUGGAUCAGCGUCUAUAAUGCUCGGAGACCUAUGAAGCAAAGGUACCAUUACAAUGUUGCCGAUGUAAGGCUUGCACAGCAUAUUGAGAAAGGGAAUGAAGAUAGUUUAUUCAUUAGUUGUGUUGCAUCUUGUUCAAAUCUUUGGGCACUUAUCAUGGACGCGGGCACUGGUUUCACUUCUCAAGUUUAUGAAAUGUCUCCAAAUUUUCUUCACAAAGAAUGGAUAAUGGAACAGUGGGAUAAGAACUAUUAUAUUACUGCAUUAGCAGGGACAAACAGUGGUAGCUCUUUAGUCGUAAUGUCUAAAGGCACACAGUAUGUACAACAGUCUUAUAAAGUUAGCGAGUCAUUUCCUUUCAAGUGGAUAAACAAAAAAUGGCGUGAAGGUUUCUAUGUCACCACAAUGGCAACUGCUGGAAGUAGAUGGGGAGUUGUCAUGUCCCGAAAUGCUGGCUUCUUGGAUCAGGUUGUCGAACUUGACUUUUUGUACCCUAGUGAAGGCAUUCAUCGAAGGUGGGAUGGCGGUUUUCGCAUAACUGCUACUGCUGCAACAUUGGACCAAGCUGCCUUUGUUCUUAGUGUACCCAGAAGAAAGCCUGCAGAUGAGACACAAGAGACACUUAGAACAUCUGCUUUUCCUAGUCAACAUGUGAAGGAGAAAUGGGCAAAAAAUCUUUACAUAGCCUCUGUCUGUUAUGGCCGCACAGUUUCAUGAUGUUCCACUUUCUAUUUUGGGUUGGACAGGCGUAAUUGGCUCGAGUAAACAUUACAUCAUGCUGUUUCUUAAAGGCUAGGAAGAUGUUGAAGAUGCAGAAGGCGUCUUCUAAUGUGUUUAGGCUAGAGAAUUUGAGGUGCGAGCUUCAUUCAAGAUUGUCAUCCUAAUAUUGGCCACAUCUAACAUGUGGUGCAGUAUAGAUGCCAAGUCCUUUGAUGCCUUGCAUGAUCUGUUGCAAUUAGAGCUGAUUUGAUGUAGUUAGCGUUAGGUUUGUACAGUCAAUAAACGGCUACCUGUAGGUAAUUUUCAGGGGAGUUAAAAUGUCUAUCAGAUGUAAUUUUGCACUUAACUGAUGGCAUUGUUCCUCCAUUUUGUCUAAUUAACUGUAUCAUCUAUAAUCAGGAGCAUCUAUUUAAACUGCUACAAUUUGUUCUCUAUUUGUUCAA